AUGCAGAGUGACCCUGCAGGUUAUACAAAGAWGGCGGCCGCAAGUGCAACAGAGUUGGAUCCGAUUUUCUUAAAAGCGAUAAAAUUACUCCAUUCUCGACAUCCAGAUUCCGUUGAACAGUUAAAAGCACUUAGAGAUGAAGCUAUUCGACAGCACAGCCAACCUGGAACAGCUACUUCGCAGGACAAAAUCAAAGACAAUAAGUCUGUAAUGCAAGAAAGAAGACCGAGCGUCAUUACUUCAUCUUAUCAUCAUAACAUAAAGGAGCCCAGAUCUCUUUCUCCAACCGUACAAAUGAUUGAAUUGGGUUCAUCAAAGAUAGAGACUGUUGCAGGUAAUUUCAACUCUGAUGGGACAACGAUAGAGACUGUUGAAGAUAUGGGGUGCCUGGUGGAUACAUUAGUCGAUACACUAGAAGAAUUCUCCUCAAGUUCUCUGCUUGAGCCUCCAUUAUCAAAGAAAGCAAAAGUCCAGAUAAGUGUGGAGAAUGUCAUCAACGAGGAUGUUUUGAAGUCCAGUGAAGCAAUGCCUGUAGAGGAUUUGACUAUUGAUUUAGGCAUGAGAUGUGCUAUGUGUAAUAAGUCUGAGAGUAUGCAAAUUGGCAAUAAGCUGGUAGAGUGUCAUGAAUGCCAUUCCCAUUUUCAUCAGAAAUGCCACGAGCCAAGAAUAUCAGACCAAGAUGCCAAUGAUCUACGGUUAGUGUGGUAUUGUACUCAAUGUAGUGUAAGAAUGAGAGAAAUGGCAAAACCUACAGUUCCUAAAGCUAGAAGUACAGAUAGUCAAUCUGGUGCAAGAUCAUCUUUCACUGGAACAGCUGCAAAGCCAUCUAAAUUACAGUCUUUCCAAAGAUUUUCAAGUACAGAUUCGAAGUCUUCUUUCUCGCCUACUACAUCGUCUCAGUCGUUUGCAAUACCAGGUCUGGUAGCAGCUGCUGUAAGCUCUGCUGUCAACAACAAGCAACCACUGCCCGGUACAAGCUCACAGAAAUCAUCAAUGCAGAAUUCCAUGAAAAGACUUCAGAUGAUGAAGAAGAAAGCGGCACAGAAGAAUCUUAAUCACCAACAAAUGAAACUACUUAGACGAUAAGAUAAUGGAAUAGAAUAUGAAUUAAAAAAAAAGAAAGCAACAUAAUGUCUACAAGGACUACACGAUAGGACGAUCUUCACCAAUUUGGAACGUCAAGAAACAAUCUUCAAUGCCAAACACCCGCCUGGAUACAUUGGCUCAGCCGAAAAAAUUACACCCAA